AUGUUAACCGGGGCCGCAACUCACUAUGGUAAACCUCAAGGAUUAGGAUCUGAAGGAUCUGGUUUUCAGCAACCUGGAUAUUCUCCAUCAGGUGGAAAUGUUAACCAAAUGCAACCCAAUUAUGGUAAACCUCAAGGUACAUUAGGAUCUGAAGGAUCUGGUUUUCAGCAACCUGGAUAUUCUCCAUCAGGUGGAAAUGUUAACCAAAUGCAACCUAAUUAUGUUAAACCUCAAGGUACAUUAGGAUCUGGAGGAUCUGGUUUUCAGCAACCUGGAUACGCUUCAUCAAGUGGAAAUGUAAAUCAAAUACAACCUAAUUAUGGUAAGCCUCAAGGCACAUUAGGAUCUGAUUUUCAGCAACCCGGAUACGCUUCAUCAAGUGGAAAUGUUAACCAAAUGCAACCUAAUUAUGGUAAACCUCAAGGUACAUUAGGAUCUGAAGGAUCUGGUUUUCAGCAACCUGGAUACGCUCCAUCAGGUGGAAAUGUUAACCAAAUGCAACCUAAUUAUGGUAAGCCUCAAAGUACAUUAGGAUCUGGAAGAUCUGGUUUUCAGCAACCUGGAUACGCUCCAUCAAGUGGAAAUGUUAACCAAAUGCAACCUAAUUUUGGUAAACCUCAAGGUACAUUAGGAUCUGGAGGAUCUGGUUUUCAGCAAUCUGGAUAUGCUCCAUCGGGUGGAAAUGUUAACCAAAUGCAAACAGAAUCGUAUGACGAUAACAGUUCUAGAGGUUCAUCUUUUAAACCAGGAACAGAAAUGGAGAAUAUUAAUCCAUCAAUAAGUCCAAUUAUCGGUGGUCAGUUUGGAACAGAUAUAUCAUCUGGUGGUUCUGUAACUCUAGUUGAUACUGAAGGAGGAGAUGCACAAUCAAUGACUAAUGUAGAUGUUGAUGGCCAAGAAACUAGAGCAUCAGCUUCAGCUCAAGGAAAGUCCAAAACAGGUAUGAGUCAGACACAAGUAUCUGGUUCAUAUUUAGGAACGGGAACAUUUUCUGCUCAAGCUCAAACGAGUGAUAGUGAUAAAGGAGCUCAAAGCCAAAUUGUAAGUAAUACAAAUGGUACAACAAGUAAAGCACAAGGAAAAGGUGGAAAGGGACAAGCACAAUCCCAAGUUCUUUAUAAUGCCGACAAUGGUAUUGCUCUUGGUGAAGCACAAAGCUCAGGAAUGAAUUAUGGGACAAACACUCAAUUGCAAGCCGGUAUUAAAGGAGGAAUGGCAGAUGCACAAUCAACUGGUCUUGGAAGUACUUCUAGUCAAGCUCAAAUAGGUUUCUUACCACACGAGUCCAGCAAUAACACUAAUCAAAAGUCAUUAUUCAAAGGUGGUGGAACAACUUCAGCUCAAGGUGGACCAUAUAGUGGUCAAUCACAAAGUCAACUAUUUGGGUCAUAUAAACAUGGAAUUUCAUACAAUGGUGCUGCUCAAGCAAGUAGUGGUAAAAAACUUCAAAACUUACCAAAAUUAAAUUUAGCUGAUACCAAAUUAAAAAUUGGAAAACAUGAAGAAACCAAUAAUGAAAUUAAAAAUCAAACUAAUGCACUUAAGAGCUUACAAUCUAUUCCAAAUCCAUUACAACCUCAAAAUCAAACAGAAAAUUACGUUGAUGACCACAAACAACAAAAUAUUUCGUCUACACAGACUCCACCUAUUUUAUCACAAGAACUGUCUAGGAAUGCUGAUAUUUAUCCAGAUUAUGAAGAUAACGAUGAGUAUGAUGAUGAUAGUGAUGAAAUUAUUAAUACAAAAUCCGUACAAACCAAAAAAGAAACCAUCCCAAAACAGGAGCAAAAUAUUGUUUUAAAUUUAGAUGACAAACAUGAUGCUCAAAUUACUCGUGAUUCUGAUAGUCAACUGAAAUCUGGACUAGUAUUAGAUGCUGGUCAAGUUAUACCUGGUACUAAUGGAACUAAAAUACCAAGUGGAUUUAGAGGGAGGGUAGCUUCAGUAGCUGGAGACCAUACCAAAGCUCAAGCAAUUCCUGGAAGUCAAGCACAAACUCAAACUGUAUUUUUAACACCUGGAGUAGGUAGUUUAACUGUGGUAGACAAAACAAAAUUAAGAGCACAGUUAAAUAAAGAAUCAUAUAUUAGCCCUACUAACAGUUUCCAAACUGAAAUUAAUGGAGGAAUAAGCAAAUUUAAACCUAAUGAAAAUAAUGUUCAGUAUUUUACUAAAUCAUCAACUUGUGGUUACUUUUCAUUUUCAUGUAACUAUGUAAAUGGUGCGACAAAUGGGGCUAAAAUAUGCAAGCCAAAUCCACCACCUUUCCCAUGCCUAAGAAGUAAUUAAUGAUUAAACCAAGUAUUAAAAUUCAUGUAUAUUUUAAAACAGUUAUUUAUAUUUUAGAUAAGUAAAUAGAGUACAAAAUUGUAUACUAAUUAAACCUAACUUUGUACUAUGAAAUAAAGUAGUUAUCUUAAAGUAACAUUUAAUAUUUUAUAAGCUAAUUUAACUACUACUUUUUGUUUUUCACGUGAUUAUUAUUAUAUAAAAAAAAAAAUUACAUACGCAAUAUGUAUAACUACAUAAUAAAACAAUUAAAAAAAAUUUAAAUGAUAAUAUCUAAUGUGUUUGAAGAAUACAAAACAAGUAUAAAAUAUAAGUUAUGAAAUAAAUUAUUAAACAUAGAUUUAA